CCCGGAGACUCGAGCUGUCGAGUUGAAUCUGACCCGGACUCUCCAGGACACGAACCGGGCUGCAGCCAUGCGGGUUCUGGUUCUCUUCGCGGUCACGCUGCUGUCUCUGUGCCCGGCGGCGCUGAGCGGAUCCGACAAGAAGAAGCUGCAGAUCGGCAUCAAGAAGCGAGUCGACAACUGCCCCAUCAAGUCCCGCAAGGGCGAUGUGCUCAACAUGCACUACACCGGCAAGCUGGAGGACGGCACCGAGUUCGACAGCAGCAUACCCCGGGACCGACCCUUCACCUUCACGCUGGGCACAGGGCAGGUGAUCAAGGGCUGGGACCAGGGGCUGCUGGGCAUGUGCGAGGGCGAGAAGAGGAAGCUCGUCAUCCCCUCGGAGCUCGGCUACGGAGACCGGGGGGCACCGCCGAAGAUCCCCGGAGGAGCGACCCUCAUCUUCGAGGUGGAGCUGCUCAGCAUCGAGAGGAGAUCCGACCUGUGAGGAAGAGGAGGAGGAAGAGGAGGGGAAGAUUCAACACGUUCCAGGAGGAGCUGCAACAUACAGUGGAGAUCAUCCGACCUCUGAUGAAGACGACGCGGCAAAUCUGGA